AUGCGAACGGCUAUGGCUCGGGACAUUCUCGACCUCUCCGGUCUGCAGACCGAGGCAAUCAACGGCCGGACCAGCCAGAUCGAUCGUGUGUCGACGCUGCAGAUGUGCACGAUUAUCAACAAUGAGGACCUGACCGUUGCUGCGAGUGUCACGCCAUGUCUUCCGCACAUUGCGCGGGCGAUUGACCUGUUGACUCCUCGUGUGCGCCGAGGUGGAAGGGUUGUCUACGUCGGUGCAGGGACGAGUGGAAGACUAGGCAUACUCGACAGUUCCGAGAUCUUUCCCACCUUUUCGGCGCCUCCGACUCAGUUUCUCGGCUUGAUCGCAGGAGGCGAUGCGGCUAUUCGUCGCGCACAAGAGGGAGCCGAGGAUAGUCCGGAAGCCGGCCAGAAGGACCUGGUCGCCUUGGACCUGGACCCGGAGCUGGACAGCGUCAUUGGCAUUGCUGCCUCUGGUCGCACCCCGUACGUGCUGGGCGCCCUCGAAUACGCCAAACGCCUGGGCUGUCUCACCCUCGGCGUGGCAUGUGUGUCACCGUCCGCCAUGGACGAUCCCAGCACCGUGGACGUGAUGAUGUCGCCUUUACCGGGGCCGGAAAUCGUGACGGGGAGCACUCGACUGAAGGCCGGGACAGCGACCAAGUUGGUCUUGAACAUGCUGAGCACCGGAACCAUGAUCAAGGUGGGAAAGACAUACGGGAACAUGAUGGUCGAUCUCAACGCUUCCAACCUGAAGCUCAAGCAGCGGUCGCGUAAUAUCCUCCGGGAACUGAGCCAACGGUGCUGUGGAAUGACCGAUGCAUCGCUGGAUGAGCUCCUUGUCGCAUGCGGGGGCAGUGUCAAACUGGCCCUCGUCGUCGCAGAGAAGGGGCUUACGGUAGACGAAAGUAAACGGCGUCUGGAAGAGGCACAGGGGGUCCUUGCUAGGGUGCUUGCAACCGACGACCGUGUCCAUUCCGACAAGGCAUUGGUCAAUGGAGUGAACGGGUCCAAGCCAAAGGAUCCCGUCCUGUGUAUCGACGGCGGAGGCUCGAAAUGUGCAGCAGUCUUGGGCACCGCUACGGGCGUUACGAGCAGAGGAGUUGCCGGGCCAUGUAAUCUAACUGACGGCCACUUCGAAUCGACCAUGGACUCGGUAGUCACUGCGGCCCAUCGCGCGGUGGAAAGCCUCUCUCCCGCUGAGGACGGAGUGAACGUGCCAGACUCCAGGCCCGCCUUCUCCACGGUCUGGAUUGGCACUGCCGGCAUGGAUCGCCCGGGAAUGCGAGAGCGCGUCCGGGAAGCAUUGUCUCGGAAACUGGGGCUGGACGAGUCCACGCGAAUCCUCAUAACGAAUGAUGUGGACCUGCUCGCUGCUGCGAUGAAGAGACACCCCGAAACGUCUUCCAGCAUUGUUGUGAUCGCCGGCACGGGCAGCAUUGCCAUCCGCUAUGCGCAGGACGUCGAUGGACAGGCUCCACGACGCGUCGCCCGUUCCGGUGGCUGGGGCCAUCUGCUAGGCGACGAAGGCGCUGGAUAUGCGAUUGGAAGACAGGCCAUCCGCCAGGCUCUAACGUCGAUUGAGAAUCUCAAACUGUGCCGCCGCCGCUCGCCAACGCUGAGUCCCCUCGAGCAAAAGAUUGUCGCCCAUUUCCACGGCUCGUCGCUGGGUAAACAGUACGACGUGGACGACAUCGACUUGCUGAGCAGCGUACUGGCCCCGACGGACGAGAAAAGUGCCAAGAGCCGCAUCGCCGGUGUCACCCAGGCUGUCCUCAACGAAGCAGCAGACGGUGACGCAGAGGCAAUUGCCAUUGUCUCAGACCAGGUGUCGGAUUUCGUUGAUACCACACUCACCCGGCUGCUCGACCCCCAGUCGUCCGGAUACGUGCCCCCUGCGCAGUGCGGGCUGAUUCUGUCCGGUGGUGUGAUGCUCCAUACGACAUACCAGGAUAUUUUCCAGGCCGCAUUGGAGAAACGUGGAAUCCAGUUCUACUACACCGAAUCCGUUGCGGACGCGGCGUCCGUUGGCGUGGAAUGCCUGCUGGCAAUUGAAUCAGGGAAGAGCCCACUGAAUGGAGUUUCUCCAUGA